GUGCAGCCACGUCCAGCGUGGCGCGCAACGAUGUUCAAUGAAGACGAACACCAAAAGCCCAUCCACAAGCUCUUCUACCUGAUCACGGGCACCUGUAACUGCGGCGUGCGUAUUCGAGUGCCGCCACCGACGCCGGCGGGAGGCUUCUGCCAGCCGUGCAAGCCCGGGGGCGCGCCGCAAAAGCCCAACGUGCUGGGCAUGUCCAUGCUCGAGCGCGCAGAACGCCGGCAGCAGCAGAGGGCGAAACCGCCGGCCACGAGCAUGGCACCGCGCGCCCGCGCGCGAGCGUUCGCCGCGAUCGGCGUCGCCGUCCUCGCGGCCGGUUUAGCUUGGCGACCGACCGUCGCCGCCGUCGCGAGUGUGGUGCUCGUGGCCGCGAGCUGUGUCUUUAUAACGUAGUGUUUUAGUUAACAGGGGGCGGGGAUA